AUGCCGUCGACGUCAGAAAACCCUCUAAAUGUUGAUUUCGAAUGUUCUAAGCUCGGAACGAAGGAAUAGUAUGUUGUUUUAGUCUUAUUUUUAUUAAUCUUUAGUUGGGACCAAAGAUACGCGCAGGACCUUGAAACUUUCCGAGAUUGUGGAGAAGAAGGUGAAAUAUGGUUUGGAAAGACUGCAGAGAACAGGAUCAUCAAGUUUGUAAGGGAGAAUGUGCCCCAAUCAGCGGCUAUAUUGGACUUGGGUUGCGCGAAUGGCAGCAUUUUGAGAAAAUUGGUACGAACUCGUUGCGACUUUUUUCAAUAUUCGAUCUUUUGGUAUUUUGAGCAAGCACUGACAUUUUUCUUUCAGUUUUACAAAGGAUAUCGUAACCUCUUUGGUGUGGAUUAUUCAGAAACAGCAAUUCGAUUAGCAAAAGAGUGCGUGGAGAAUGAUGAAGAUGUAGAUUCUCCAGAGUCGUUUCAAUUCGAAACUGUUGAUCUCACCUCUCCUGAUGCUCUUCCUGACUCUUUGAAAGCAAAAUUUGAUUCUUUAAUGGACAAAGGAACCUGGGAUGCGAUUUCUUUGGGAUCAAAUCCAUCCGACCUUAUCCACCGAUAUGUUCAAUGUUUAUCGGCUUUAUUCAACGAUGAAACCGAGGGAAAUCAGUACUUUGUGAUCAUAUCUUGCAACUUCACAGUGUAAGUAAAAUUUCAAACUUUGUUCUUCUUUGAUUUUAGGCUGAAUUCUCUUUCAAAACGCUUAUUUUAGCGAAGAGCUCACGGACUUUUUCACAAAAGAUGGGCGUUUCGAAGUGCACGCUGAAUUGCCAAAUACGAAUACGUUUUGCUUCGGUGGUAAGGUUGGAAAGACCACUUCUGGCAUGGCUUUCAAGAGGAUACGAUAG